CGUUGAAUCUUUCGUCAAUGGGCGAAAGUGUUCUGAAGAAGCACAUGGUUACCGAAAGACACAAAAGGGGAAUAAAAGUAUUUCUGAAAGAUGCACGCUUUUGUGUAACUGAUUACUUUUGUAAUCAAGAACAUCCAAAACCUGCUCAAAAUCAGACGGCACCGACCAUCUCUGCAAGUGUGUCCAAUAAAGAUCAGCCAGGCCUGAUACCAGCAGUAGAGGUGAAGACAGAACCAGUUGACAAUGGCCAUGAGCAGAUAGGGGAACCAAGAAUUUGCAACGUUACUUCACUUCAAAAUGCACAUUCACAGACAGUAGAGGACCUCUGGUCUGGCACUUUUCGGGCAGAAAUAAGAGAAAUUUUUGGAAAUAAGUCUGCAGAUCAAAAUGCCACUGUUCAAAAUGUACAGGAUGUUGUGGAAAAGCUGCUAAAAAAGAAUGAAGACCUGUUGUCACAGAAUGAUGCCAUUGGGUUUAAACCAAAUCGGAGAGGUAGGCUUCCAGCUGAAAUGGCGCGAAAGACAGAAGCAUUUCCUGGCAUUGGUCAGACAGCAGCAUUUUCCACAGGGCUUGGACAAAGAGGAAGAGUGUUGCCAUCAGGAAGCGUCCGAGAACGUGAUGAUGGUAUUCCUAUGGGCAGAAUUCUGAGACCAAGGACUCCAACAUUGCGGUGUCACAUGGUUGAGAAAGAUAAGUCACAUUUUACAUCGGCAGUGAUGGAGACGAAAAUUGGCAGCAAAGAAUCAGAGGAGAUACUUUCAUGUGCAAGAGCAUGAAAUGGUUUGUGGGG